AAGAGUACCUAUUACACAGCUUGUUAUGUUGUUUUUUUGCAUAUUUCUAUAUAGAUUUGGGUCCACCUUUUUCCUCUCUCUCUCUCUCUCUCUCUCACUCCAUUGUCAUAACUCAUAAGGGUGUGACAGAAUCUACGAAAUUAACAAGGGAAGAAACCAAAGCAAAUCAAAAGGAUAAGUGUAUUUUCGUUUUACUACUACACUAACACACCUUUCUGAUUCCUGAAAAGCACUUCACCUUUUUCUGCACCUUCUCACGUGCUCUGCUUAUAUUACUUACCCUUUUUCCAAUAUUUCACCUUUUUCUCUUCAAAAAUAUGCAUCAACAUUUUUUGCUAUAAAUGAAUACAUGAAGAUUCAAGAUUGAAGAUUAAUUCUUGUGUUUUUACAAUGGCUUUAGAAACUCUUUCAUCAUCUAAUAAUGAUUUUUCAAACUUCAUUAUCUAUGACACAAUUUCAGCAACUCCAUUUAGUACUACAACAACAGAGUCUCAUAAUAAUAUUUGUUUCUUGGAAAAUAGAAUGAACAAUGAGCUUGCAUUUGAUCAUAACAACAAUAACUAUGAUGUGAUGAUGAAGAAUAGAAAACGGCAAUGUUCAAGAGAGAAUGAAGAAGAAGAAGAAGAAGAAAGAAUUGGAAAUAGCAAACAAAUGGUGCAAGGGAGAAAAAAGAGGAGAAGGAAACCAAGAGUUUGUAAGAACAAAGAAGAGGCAGAGACACAGAGAAUCACUCACAUUACUGUUGAGAGAAAUCGUAGGAAACAGAUGAAUGAACAUCUUGCUGUUCUUCGUUCACUCAUGCCUGAAUCUUAUGUCCAAAGGGGUGACCAAGCCUCAAUAGUAGGAGGGGCCAUAGAGUUUGUAAAGGAGCUAGAACACCUCUUACAAUCACUUGAAGCUAAAAAGCUACAACUAUUACAACAAGAAGUAGCACAAAGCAAUGAAGAUGACACAUCCAUUUCAAAACUCAUGAUAAGACCACCUUUUGCACAAUUUUUUGUGUAUCCUCAAUACACAUGGUCCCAAAAUCCUAACAAAUACACAUCAAAGACCAAAGCUGCCAUAGCUGAUAUCGAGGUUACAUUAAUCGAGACUCAUGCAAAUCUUAGAAUCCUCACUAGGAGAAGAACAGGACAACUAACAAAAUUGGUGGCUGGUUUUCAAACACUCUUCCUCACUAUCCUUCAUCUCAAUGUCACUACCAUUGACCCUUUGGUAUUCUACUCUAUUAGUGCCAAGGUUGAAGAAGGAUUCCAACUUGGUUCAGUAGACGGUAUUGCAACAGCAGUUCAUCACAUACUUGGAAGAAUUGAGGAAGAAACUUCACUUUGCUGUUAAUAAGGUUCAGUGAAUGACCAAAUUAACCCUCAACCCACGUCUAGAGAUGUCUUCUUGAGUUUUUUUGUUUUUUUGUUAGUUUGGUGUUAAUGUUAAGUAUAGACUAUAGUAGCUGUUCAUUGUGCUUUGGUUUUGUUUGGGAACGGUUUCUACAAAAAAAUCGACAUAUUAGGGUUGAAACCUAAUGGGAAAAAAAAUGCUGACCUAGUUUUUCUUGUUUGCAGUUUAGUUCUAUUGUCCUCUUCAAUGGCCCAAUAUAUCAACGUCAUUUUUACGGCAAGGGGUUGAUAAUCAAUAAUAUUUUUUCUCCUUGGCUUUGAAAUA